AUGUGGGUUGCAGAGGGGCCAGCCCCAAACCAGUGGCACCUUUGGGAUCGGGCCCAUGCUGGACGCUUCCUGGCCAUGGCUGACCAUCUCCGCACCACGGGACAGCUGGUGGAUGUGGCUGUGGGCCCAGAUGGUGAUGUGGCCCAUGCUGUGGUCCUGGCCUCUGUCAGCUCCUAUUUCCUCUCUUUCCUGGAGGGCAAGACCAGAGAGCUGCCCCAUGGCUCCCUGCCCCACAUCCCCCUGCCACCAGGGACCACGCCUUGGGGCUGGCAGGCUGUGCUGGCCUUUGCCUAUGGGGGAGCCCUGCCCCAUGGCAAGGAGAAGGAGGUGGAAGAGGCUGCCCAGGCUCUGGGGGCCCCCCGGGUGUUGGCUGCCUGUGCCACACAGCUGGAGGGUAACCCUCAGCCAACUCCUGAGCCCCUUGAGGAGCAGUGGACGACGCUAAGGUCCAUGGGGCAACUCCACACCAGAGGCUUGGGCUGUGAUCUCCAACUCCAGGCAGGAGAUGAGGUCAUUCCAGUUCAGCGCCUGGCCCUGAGCUGCUCCUGUGACUUCUUCCGGGCCCUCUUCACUUGCCCCAUGCGGGAGGCAGCCCACGAUCCUGCAACCCCACUGACCACAAGGCUGUCCCCAGCCGAGCUGCACCUCCUCCUCUCUUUCGCCUACACAGGGGCUGUGGCAGGGCCAUGGCCCACAGUCCUGGAGGCAGCCGAGACAUCCCUGCGCUACCAGGCCUGGGGGCUCCUCACCCUCUGCCUGGAUGUUUUCACCCGUUGCCUGACCCCAGAGACUGGCCUAGAUGUGCUGGCCUUUGCUGUGGCUUAUGGGCUGGCCCAUGUAGGCCGUAUAGCUGAGGACUACAUUUUGGCCACCUUCCCCAGCGUGGUGGCCACACCGGCCUUCCUGGACCUUCCUGCACACCUCCUCAUCCGCCUCCUUCGCUCUGAUGCCCUCAAUGUCCUCCAUGAACUAGAGGCCUUGGAAGCAGCAUCCCAGUGGCUUGUGGCCAAUGGAGGUGGACAAGGCAACCAAGCUGAGGAGGUCCUGUCCUCUGUUCGUUUUGCUCUCAUGUCUGGUCAGGAGCUGAAGAAGGUCCUAUCAGUGGCCGCAGGAGCAGCUAACCCAGGGCUUCUCCAGCAGCUUGUGGUUGCAAGUUUGGCCCCCAUGGCCCAUCUGCCAUGCCGGGUGCGUUCAUGGCCGGAGGUACUGGUGGUCUGCGGCGGGGACACACUGACAACCGACACGGCUGCCCGGAAGCCCAGCAAGCACCUCUGGUUUGCCCACCGCUACCUCAGUGCUGUGGGGCUGGUGAAGCAGGUGGAGUGGCGGGCUCUGGGAGACUUUCCCGAUGGCCCACGCUUCCGCCAUGCUGUAGCUGUGAUUGGCAACGUUCUCUACAUCCUGGGUGGGAAGCGCUACUACGGGGUCCGUGACACCCUGGCUAGUGUCUACAGAUAUCAGCCCAUGGAAGACUCCUGGGAGCACCUGGCCAGCAUGGCCUGUGGGAGGAGCUACUUUGCUGCUGUGGCACUUGGAGGUUUCAUAUAUGCCCUAGGGGGCAGCUCAGAUGAACUCUACUGCAUGGACACUGUGGAGUGCUAUGACCUGGCCACUAACACCUGGAGGAGGUGCCAGCCACUGCCAGUGGCUCUGUGUGGGCAUGCGGCCUGUGCCCUGGAUGGUGCCCUCUAUGUGUCGGGUGGGUGUGACAAGACAUGCCGGUGCCAGGCAUCCCUGCUGCGCUAUGCCCCAGAUGCACCUGCCAUGCUCCUGGCCCCCAUGAAUGGUGAGCGAGCUGGCCACAUCAUGGAGGAGGCAGGUGGGCAGCUCUAUGUGGCUGGGGGGCUGUUCCAGCGAGAUGGGCAGACAGGCUACAGUGACCAGCUGGCCUUUGAGGUUUACAGCCCCAGCCUAGAUUCCUGGGUUCUUCUCAGCCCCCUGCCCCAUGCCCAUGUAGCAGGGGGCGCGGCUGUUCUCGGAGGGGAGCUGGUCAUACUUGGAGGCUACAGUCAUGAGACAUACCAGGACACCCACUUGAUCCAUGCCUACCAGCCAGGCAGCAGGCGCUGGAUCACCCGAGGCACCUUGCCCCAUGCCUAUACUGACUUCCAGGCCUGUGUCCUCACUGUACCCCCUGCCUUGCGUGGCCCUGACCCUCUGGGGGACCCAUCGAGAUCAUCUGGUGACCCCCAAAAUAUUUAG